CGCGAGUAUUCUUGAAACUAAGGAGUCUAAGCUCUGAGGCUUCCUCAAGCACGUUUUGCAUUUCUUAGGUCGUCGCUGCCGGCUGCGAUUGGAGGGCGGGGCAGCAUCUUCGUCAAGGCUACGCUAGAGGCCACAACACUUUGCGACUAAUACAAGCACGCCCCCAUUUGUGCCAUUACCACAAUGGGCAAGCCCGUUGUCCUCCUGGGAAUAUCUGGCCCCUCCUCCUCCGGCAAAACAACCCUCUCCCGCCUCCUCCGCGACAUCUUCCCUCGAAACCUCAUCUUCGUCCUGCACCUCGACGACUUCUACCACACCGACGCCGACAUCCCCAUAAGAGACGGCAUCCAAGACUGGGACUGCUUGGAAUCGCUCAACCUACCUCAGUUGCACUCAGCACUCGCGUACAUCAAACAGCACGGGCGAUCACCACCGGACUUUGUCUCCAAAGAAGACGAGAAUAGUGUGGGCGAGCAUGGUGUCGACGAGAGGGAGAUUGAGCGGUUGAAGAGGACUGUAAGGGAGACGGUGGAGAGGCAAGGAUGGAGAGUGCCCAUUUGCAUAGUGGAUGGGUUCCUGCUAUUUUCGGAGGAUAUGAGGGAGAUUAGGGAGCUGUUCGACGUGAGGUUGUUUUUGAGGACGAGCUAUGAGACGACCAAGAGGCGCAGGGAGGCGAGGAGUGGCUAUGUCACGCUCGAGGGGUUUUGGGAAGAUCCGCCGGGGUAUGUAGACAAGGUAGUGUGGCCGAACUACGUUCAGGACCACAGGUUCUUGUUUGAAGGUCAAAAUGUGGAAGGAGAGCUGGACGAAAGGGUGUGUAGGAAAAUUGGGAUCGAGGGCAUGCCGAAGGAGGCAGAAGAAAACAUGGCGAAGUGUUUGGACUGGGCCGUGCGGGUAUUGGAGGGGAUUCUCGAACAAGGCCCAGGAAGCAGGGCGGACAGAUAAAGAAACGGGAUUAGGGGUUGAGGACCAGAAGCCUUGUAUUGCUAUACCCGCACCGAUGCAUGGAGAUACCUGAGAAUCAUAUGAAAUGCCGGGAAU